AAAAAAACUGUCACGUAGAACUUGCUCUAUGGUCACGGAAUAUUUUCGAUAAAAAUAUAUUUUUGUUGCAAAAUAAUAAUAGAAAUCCAAUAAAAUUUCGUUUGUCUCGCUUUUUAGUCGUAUUUGUUAUAUAACAGUGUAAACAUGCCAAUUUUUUGUUGUUAAACUGCGUUAUUCAAGUUACUCCGUCAUUGAGUGAUUGUACGAGAACAGUGCUUUUCCGUAUUAUUUCUGUUGUAAUAUUGUGAGAAGUGCGAUGUUGCAUAGGUAGUGUAUAAACUCUUGUGAAAUGUCACAACAUGGAUGUCCAGAGAGACUGUCGAAUAGGUCGAAGGGGUUCCAAGAGGAAGGCCCGCAGCCCACGAUGGAAGUGUUGGUGGAGACCCUCACAGGCACGGCGUUCGAAAUGACGGUGUCGCCCUCCGACACUAUAUUCGCGAUCAAGUCCAAGAUAUGCAGAGUUGAAGGCAUCCCUGUGUCGCAGCAGCACCUGGUGUACAACCUGCGCGAGCUGGAGGACGGGUCGUCGCUGCGGGCGCUGGGCAUCGCGGACGGCGCGCGGCUGCGGCUCGUGCUGGGCAUGCGCGGCGGGCCCGUGUCCACGCGCCGCCUGCCGCCGCCGCCCGAGCCCUGGAGGGACAUCGAGCGCCUGCUCGACUCCAACCGCGAGGAGUCUGAGUGGGGCUGCAGCAGCGGCAGCGGCUGCAAGGUGACGGUGGUGGUGUUCCGCGAGGGCGAGCGCGUCAACAUGCUGCGCGUGCGACACAACCCCGACGGCUCCUACUCGCCGCUGCACACGCACUCGGAGUCCUCCCUAUCGCAAGUGUCGUCGGAGUCGGUGUGCAGCGCGUGCUCGUCGUGCGGCGGCGGGUGCGCGGCGGAGCCCGAGGGCGGAGCGCUUGCGCAGAACGCCGUCACCAUGGGGAAGAUGCUGGACCUGCGGCGCCGCAUGGAGACGCUCUCUAUCCGACGGCACAAGCCGCAAGGCGAGCCGGCGGAGAUGCAGAAGACCCGCAGCGAGGAGACGUUGUCCGUCCCCAGCGUGGUGGAGCAGUACGAGGAGUUCGGCGGGUACUCGGAGCUGGCGCCGCUGUGCGAGCCCUGCCGCUGCCGCUGCCCGCUGCAGGCGGCCGACAGAGUGAAGGUGUCCGGCGGCGUCUCUGGCGGGCUGCUGGUGUCGCGGCGGGAGGCGCGGCGACCGCGCUCGCCCGACCUGGCCUCGCUCGCUUCUGACUAUGGCGGGCUGUCGAGCGCGGGCGCGGGCUGGCGCGCGGCGGCGCGCUCGGCGUCGUCGCUGCACGCCGCCGGCUGCGGCGCCUGCCUGCUGCCGCCCGCAGCGCGCCCGCCGCUCUCGCUCUCCACGCCCGAGCUGCAGCACGCGCCGCCGCCGCCGCCGCCGCUGGCGCGCCACAAGCACCGCUCGCGGCUGCACCUGCCGCCCGCGCCCGCGCCCGCCCCCGUGCUGGCCCCCGCGCCCGCCCCCGCGCCCGCGCCCCGCAAGAAGCCCCGCUGCGGGCUGUGCCGCAAGCGCCUGAGCAUCGCGACGCUGCACCGCUGCCGCUGCGGCGCGGAGUUCUGCGCGCCGCACCGCUACGCGGAGGUGCACGGCUGCGCCUACGACUACAAGGCGGCGCCGGUGCUGCCCGCGCCCGCGCCGCGCCUGCCCAAGAUAUAGUGCCGGCCGCGGCCGCCGCGGCAGCGCCCGCCGGGCGAUACCUCCAUUGCUAUAGUGACCUCAACGUGUUGCCGCCGGACGUGCUCGUCGAGGCGACGACGCCCGUCCCGGGGUGUCGGCGGGGCCUCGCCCGGUUUUGUCGGUGAAACCGCGGCCGGGCCCCGCCCGCGGACUGUGGACUCGGAUGAAAUGUGAUAUAAUAUUUUGACCUAAAUUAAGAUAAAAAUGUUAAAAUCUUCUGCCAUGUGUGUGUAAAGUUUUCUUUUUUGUAAACAAAUUGCGUUAAAAAUUUGACAAAAAAAUAUAUUGAUUAUAAAUACUUAUAAAAAAUAUCGCCCCUAAUUAACAGAGGUGCUUUAUUUCGUGCUAGAUCACUGAUUUCUGUAAUGUUGUUGUAUAUUACAUUGUAUAACACUAGAUUAACUGAUGCUUAUAUUAAUUUUGUUUGGUAUCCGAACGCGGGCUCGGUUGGGUAAUAUUCACACGGAAUCGGGCCACUUGCACAAUGACUUAGUAACUUAGAUGGAACAUAUUUUUAUAAUGUUAAAAUGGAGUAUUGGGACUGAUUCCCGGUUAAAGUGAGGGCUCCGUGACGAUGAUACUCCUAAAAAAAAAUUGGAACUAUAGUUUUGACAAAAAUAUUAAAACUGAAGAGGCAUUUGCAUCAAAGCAGACAGAAAUCACCUAGUAUAACAAGAAUAUAAAGGUAAAAUUGCACCUAGUUAAUUCAAAGUGAUCAGUUUAUAUUUUCUCUGCUUCGAUGGAAAAUGUACCUUGUAGCGUAAUUUUAGAUUCGUUGUGCAGUUGGCCUCAUCUUGUCACAGACGGAAAAUAAAGUCAGCUUUACCAGGCCAAUUUAACAAUGCAAAAUCUAGAAACAAAAAGUGCUGUACUAGUGGGACUAUAUUCAAUAAAUCCUAGUCAUUAUUCUACGACUUUCGGAACAAAUUUUAAUGUUAUUCAGUUUCCCAAUGGCGUAGGAUAAUUUAUUGGUAUUCGUGAAUACAAUUGUAGUACAGAAUAAUGUUAAUUUAGACAAUGGAUGCAGGUCCUCCUUUAGCUAUGAGAAAGGAUGCUACCACAGACUGUUAAACAAAGUAUAACCACUAUUUUUGUAAAUGUUAGCCAUUCAAUUUAUGUAUAAAAAUGGUAAUAUUAUACAAUAUAUUUAAAUAUUUUAUUUUCCAUUUCCGGCAAGCUAAUAAUUUCGAUGUGAAUAUAUGAACUAAUGAAAAUAAUUCGUUCGGCUGGGUGUGCCACAAUAAUUAUUUGAUUUUCAUACUAGAGGUAUAUUUAAGUUUAUAGGUAAUUUUUAUUUUAUUUGGGAAAAUAAUUUUGGCUGAUUUCGAAAAUAAAUAUUUAUAAAGCGAA